GUCGUCAUCAAUUGUCUCUCCCUCAAUUGCCUGUCGAAUCCUAGACAAGAUGAGCUACAUCGUCCGCCGGGGUCUUUCGACCUUGAUUCCUCCCAAGAUUGCCUCCCCCAACGCCAUCGGCGCUGCCCAGGAUGCUGCUCGUAUGGAGCGUGUUGUGAACUUCUACGCCAGCCUUCCCCGCGGCCCUGCCCCUGAGGUCAAGGCCACCGGGCUCAUCGGUCGUUACCAGGCUCGCUACUUCGGCAAGAACGCUUCUGCUGCGCCUCUUCUUCACGCCAUUGUUGGUAUCUUGACCCUCGGCUACAGCAUGGAAUACUACUUCCACCUGCGCCACCACAAGAACCACCCUCACUAAGUCUCUCUUUCUCGUUCUCGGAAUCAGAAAAAGGAUUGAUGUACAUAUUGUCCAGGCUAGCAUCAAGGCAAUAUGGAACCGGGAAAGACUUCCAUUUGUCGUGUUUCGAUAGGAAUACCGUUUACAAGGAAACUUGAGCAUUGUCGAAUUUAUUAUCUUGUA